UUACGCUUCCCCCCAUGUGGGACCGAUCCUUCUCCUGCGGAUCAGCUGCUCCUGGGCGCCUCGGAGGGCAGCGAACAUGGCUUCAAGGCAGCAGCUUGCUUUAUUCAGUGUCUCAGACAAGACCGGCCUAGUGGAAUUUGCAAAAUGCCUCAGUUCCUUGGGUUUGGGAUUGGUUGCUUCUGGAGGAACCGCAAAGACCCUUCGGGAUGCAGGCCUGAACGUCAGAGAUGUUUCUGAUCUCACUGGCUUUCCGGAAAUGUUGGGAGGGCGUGUGAAGACCCUUCAUCCUGCCGUGCAUGCAGGUAUUCUGGCUCGGGACAUCCCACAAGAUAAAGCUGACAUGGAUAAAUUGGAUUUCAGCCUUGUAAGAGUUGUAGUUUGCAACCUCUACCCCUUUGUCAAGACAGUCGCAUCUCCAGGUGUAACUAUCCCAGAAGCAGUCGAACAGAUUGACAUAGGAGGUGUUGCCUUACUGAGGGCUGCUGCAAAGAACCACGCCCGCGUGUCUGUUGUGUGUGAUCCUGGGGACUAUCGCACCAUAGCAAAGGAAAUGCAGGCGUCCAGCGCUAAGGAUACGACUUUGGAAACUCGGCAGCAACUGGCUCUGAAGGCUUUCACUCACACUGCUCAGUAUGACAUGGCCAUCUCUGAUUACUUCAGGAAAGAGUACAGCAAAGGGGUGUCUCAACUUCCCCUGAGGUAUGGCAUGAAUCCACACCAGACUCCUGCUCAGCUCUACACCUUGAGGUCUAAGCUUCCUCUUUCAGUUCUGAAUGGCUCUCCUGGGUUCAUAAACCUGUGUGAUGCUCUGAAUGCCUGGCAGCUGGUCAAGGAGCUCAAACAGGCUUUGGGCAUUCCAGCCGCAGCCUCCUUCAAACAUGUCAGUCCAGCAGGUGCAGCUGUUGGCAUCCCUCUCACUGAACAGGAAGCUCAAGUCUGCAUGGUGCACGACAUACACCACACCCUGACGCCCUUGGCAUCUGCAUAUGCGCGAGCAAGAGGUGCUGAUAGGAUGUCGUCUUUUGGUGACUUCAUUGCUCUCUCUGACACCUGUGACGUCCCCACAGCGAAGAUUAUUUCCAGAGAGGUAUCUGAUGGGAUUGUGGCUCCAGGCUAUGAUGAUGAAGCCCUCAAAAUCCUAUCCAAAAAGAAAAAUGGAAGCUACUGCGUCCUCCAGAUGGACCCAGCUUAUGAGCCGGAUGAAAACGAAAUCCGCACUCUGUUUGGAUUGCAUUUGAUGCAGAAGAGGAACGAUGGCGUGAUUGACCGAUCUCUGUUCAAAAACAUCGUUACUAAAAAUAAAAGUCUGCCUGAGCCAGCAGUCCGAGAUCUGAUCGUUGCCAGCAUCGCUGUCAAAUACACCCAGUCUAAUUCGGUUUGUUAUGCCAAGAAUGGACAGGUGGUUGGCAUUGGGGCAGGGCAGCAGUCCCGAAUCCAUUGCACCCGACUGGCUGGAGAUAAGGCAAACCACUGGUGGCUCAGGCACCACCCACGGGUGCUCUCCAUGAAGUUCAAAGCUGGAGUGAAAAGAGCGGAAAUCUCUAAUGCUAUCGAUCAGUAUGUCACAGGGACCAUUGGAGAGGAUGAAGAUCUUGUCAAGUGGAAGGCGCUGUUCAAGGAAGUCCCGGCUUUGCUAACUGAGGCAGACCAAAAGGCAUGGAUUGGGAAACUGAAUGGAGUCUCGCUCAGCUCUGAUGCUUUCUUCCCUUUUAGGGAUAACGUGGACAGAGCAAAGCGGAGCGGAGUCCAGUUCAUUGCUGCCCCUUCUGGUUCAGCAGCUGACCAAGUUGUGAUCGAAGCCUGUGAUGAGCUGGGAAUAACUCUCGUUCAUACCAGCCUCCGUCUCUUCCACCACUGAAGCUCCCGCACGUUGCCACUGCAGACAUUCCCCUUUGCUCAUUUGCUUGUCUCUUUGCUUUAGGCAGGGAAAGCAUCCUCAUUCACGGGUUCUUGCUUGCUUUCUAAAAAGCCAGUCCUCACGGGCACAUUUCACUUCUUUUUCUACACGCAAUACCCGUCGCUUUGAGAAAACUAAAGUAGCUAACCUCUGAUGCAUUUCUUGAAAAAUGAAUGCACAAAAGUGUUUGUCACUAAUGUGUCUGAAGUCAAAUUCUUCAUGCAUUCAAGGCGUGGACUUUGGUUUUAUUGGCUUUUGCAGUAUGCAGAUAAUCAGCUGGGCAUUGUAUGUGUGGGAAGCAGGUGGUCUUUGUACUUUGAUAUUAAAAUACCGCAUUUAAUCUCA